UAUAAGGUUACUCUGUGUUUGCGCUGCUGUGUUUGCGGAGUUUUCUGAGCUGUGUGCGGGCUCUGAGCUCUGACAGACCCUGGAGGACAUCUGUGUGAAAUGUGCUGGUAGUUUUAUUGACUUUAACAGACAUGGAGCCUCCAGAUUUCGAAGCCAUGAACUUCACGGUGGAGCCGGCGGCGGCAACGUACCCGUUAUGUGAGGAGUGGAGAGACUCCUCGGAGGGCUCCGUCUUCCACCUGGCCAACAUUUUCCUCUUCCUCGGCUUCAUGGGCGGCAGCGGCUUUUAUGGGCUCAUCUACCUGUUCACCUUUCUGACUCUGGGCUUCUUCUGCACCACUCUGUGGGCCUGGACGGACUCGUGCACCACCGACUCGUUCCUGUGGAGUUUCGCGCUGUUCGGGGUGUGUUUGGGACAAGUGCUGCAUGUUGCCUACCGGCUGAGGAGCGUCUCCUUCGAGAAGGAGUUCCAGGAGCUUUACAACUGUAUGUUUAAAAAACUCGGAGUGUCGCUUACACAUUUUGGGAAGAUAGUGGCCUGCUGUGACGGAGACAUCCACACCAUAGAGAGGGACCACUGCUUCGCCAUAGAAGGGAAAACCGCGAUAGACAAGCUGUCGGUGCUCCUGUCUGGCAGAAUCCGUGUGACAGUUAAUGGAGAGUUUCUGCAUUACAUCUACCCUUUCCAGUUUCUGGAUUCACCUGAGUGGGACUCUCUCAGACCAUCAGAGGAGGGCGUCUUCCAGGUGACCCUGCGUGCAGAUAACCCCUGCAGAUAUGUAGCGUGGAGGAGGAAGAAACUUUAUCUGCUUUUUGCUAAGCAUCGCUACAUAGCUAAAGUCUUUGCCCUGGUAGUACGCAAUGACAUUGCAGACAAGCUGUACUCCCUUAAUGACAAGGCUUUCAACAGGGCUGGGCACCGCUAUGAUCUCCGUUUACCAAGUUACUGUCACAUGCCGGGGACCGAAUUAGAAAAGGCAGAUGCCUUACUGCAAGUGCCAGUGCAGGGGGCAAGGACUGCCUGAACACACACACACACACACACACACACACACACACACACACACUGCUCCAAGCCAUAAACACUUAACUGACUCAUUGCAUGUAGGAAUAUGUGUCAGCUAGGUAGGGCUUGGUGUGGUUUUAUCUGUACCAUGAAGGGUAAGAGUUUCAAGUGAUGCUAUCUUAAAUCUGCCUGCAAGAUCAUUACACGUAUUUAUAUAAAUUAGAUAGGUGGAGCUGACAGACUUGUCAACAAACACAGUGUGCCAGGUCAAGAGAAUACUCUCAAGGGACUAGACUAGGGUCAUGUGACUGAUAAAAAGCCUGAGACAUCCACAGGCUUUCAGGUAGCCUUACUAACUAGGCCAAUGUAACUUAUAAUGUUAGGAAGGAGGUUUUUGUUGGGUAGUUUGAGAUAGCAGGAAGAAGCCUUUCAACAUAUGGGUCAGAUUAUUUUGUAAAUAAUGUGAUGACGAUGUACUCUGUGUGCCCGUCAGGGCAAAUGUAGGCUUUAAAGGGAUAGUGCACCCAAAAAUGA